ACACACAUCACAUCAUGCAAAUCUUUUGUCAAUUUAUGACUUUAUUCUCCCAAGACAUACAAUUAAAUCAUCCAGAAUUAAAUCAAAAUACUGAUCAACUUCAACAAGAAGUAGCUUUCUUCUCUGGUCUUCAGGUCAGCCUGAUUUACAGUUUAUAUGUAACGUAUAAGCAUCCUGCGUGUUGAUUAUUAUAAGGCUGCUUUGGAGUUUAGUUUAUCAAAUUGGGUCAAUGAUUAGUUUAUCUGGCACAUUCUGUAAUAGUGUAAGGAAUAUGCUGUUCUUGACACUGACUGUUUUAUAAAAACUCAGUCUUUUCUGCAUAUGGGUCUUUGAAUAUAUUUGAAUUUUAGUGUUAAAAAUCAUAUCUUGGAAGUUAGUUAAGUCUUGGUUGUAUUGAAAAAGAACUUGAAGUUGGGUUGGUUGUAAUUUAGGUUGUUGUGAAUUAGUUUGUGUCAGUUCUGGUGGAUUUUUGAAGCAGCUAUUUGGGUUCUUAAAUUUUGGGAGUUCAUUGGAGACUUUUGUGAUCUGGGUAUUUUUUGGUUUGAAAUUUGGUGAAGAAUUGAAGGAAUUAUGUGGGUUUUGUGUGUGUAAUUGUGUAUGUAUAUAUGCAAUUUGGGUAGUUUGUGAAUUUUUGUUGAUUUGGUAUUGUGUAGAUUAGGGGGGAGCUACUAUGUGGACUUAACUUUGGUGGGUGGGGGAGGGGGGAUCGAUUGGGUUUUAAAUUAGUGGAGUAAUCUAGUUGUGUGGGUAAGUUGGUUUUAGGAGGAUGUAUGCGGUAGGGAGGUUAGGGAGCUAUAUCUCACGGGGUGUGAACACGGUUUCUGCACCGUUUCAUCCGUUUGGUGGUGCUGUCGAUAUUGUUGUGGUUGAGCAGCAAGAUGGUACCUUUAAAUCAUCACCUUGGUAUGUGCGUUUUGGGAAAUUUCAAGGAGUUUUGAAGGCAAGGGAGAAGAUUGUUGACAUUAAUGUUAAUGGUGAGGAUGCAAAUUUUCAUAUGUUCUUGGAUCAUACAGGAGGGGCUUAUUUUGUUAGGGAGGUAGAUGCAGAAGAUGGGAAGUUAUUAUUAUCAUGUACGUCUUCAUGUGAAGAAAUGGUUGAACUGGAAAGGAGACCUGCAAAGUGCAAUAGUUGGAAUGAAAGCAUUGAUUCAUCAGGCGUAGUUACCCGGCUUGAAGUAAGCAAUGGUACAGUUGUUUCCAGGUCUGGCUUCAUGGGACUUGUCUUUGGAAGGAAUUCAGUGAAAGAGAAUAGAUCUGAGAAGGAUGAGGAUGCUGCUGAAAUUAUUAGGGCAGAAUCUUUAGAGCGUGCCGAGAUUGCUGCGGAUCUGUUGGAGGUAAACUGGUCUACCAAUCUUGCCUCCGUCAAGAAAGACAAGGAUAGCGAUUCACGUGUAUCUGUGCCAGACAUGUUAGAUGGUGCAGCAAGUACAAAUGUUCCGAUAGAUAAGGAUUCUUGUUUGUUAGAAGGUGGUGCAACCAAUGUGGUUAAUAAAACAUUUCAACGCCAACCAACAGUAUACUAUGAAAUAGAUUCGUCGGAUGUUGAUUCAGAUGGCAAUGAUGAAAAAGACAAUGAUACGAUUUGUGUAAAAUCCGGUGGAGUCAUCAUGCAGGGAAUAACUUCACCUGGCCCAGAUACAAGUACUGAGGAUACUUCAGAAGUAGAAACUUUACAUGUUCUAGGUGAUAGCACUUGCAGUGAUGGGAAGAUGCAUGAUGGAAGUAGUGAAACAAAAUCACAGAACGGAGUAGUGAAAGAAAUCUCUACUGAGCCACUUGCUUUUAAUCAAAUAGAUGAUUCAGCCAAAGAAAUUGACUCGUGUAGCACACUCACCAAUAUUAGUAGCAGUGCCAAUGACCCAAUAUCUUCAGUUCAAGGUGAUGGGAAGAGGCUCCAACCACUUGGUAAACGUUUCUGUGUUUCUGAAGAAGUUGGUAUUAAAUUUGUUAAAACUGAGGAGAUGAGUAACUCAACGUCAGCAAGUUUAGAUGAAGAACAGUUCCUUUUUAGUGAUCUCGACGACUCCAAAGUAAGACACAUAGAAUGCAUGGAGGUAAUUCCUAUGAAUCUGGAAGACAAAGAAAAAGAUUUAUCAUUUACAGCAGAAGACAAUGAAUCCGUGAAUGGAUCUUCUCAUUCAGAAUUUGAGUCUCCAGUAAAUUAUACUGAAGAAGAGUUACCAGUUGAUGGUGAAGAGUCGAGAGAAGAGGCUACUGAAAUAUCUAGCCACAUUAAGAUACCUAGAAAUAAUCAAUGUUCAGGCCAGGAAAUAGAGGGAAUGGCCGAGUCUCUUCCUAACAUGCGGUCACAGUUUGAUGAAUUGGACAAAAAUAAUGCUCGUCAUACUUUAGGCCAUUCCCUUGAUUUAAAUCCCAAAUUAUCAAAGUGGGCACUGUUAAGGAAAAAUGUGGGAAGUAGCAUAAAUUCAGACGUGGGGGGCGUAAAUAGUUUAUCAAAUUUACAGCGCAUGACUAAGGAUGCUCAAGUUUUGUCAGAACUGAAAGCUACAGACACCAGCCCUGCAACUGGGGAUUCUUCUAAAACUGUUGAACUCUCCUCGAGUGGAAACUGGGGUCAAUGGCUCUUUAAAAGAUCCAGGAGCAUGAGAGAUAAACCAUUAUCUCUUGAUCGCAGAAGAAGCAUUGAUGCUGAAAUGUCUUCAGCAAGCACUGGUAGCAUUGAUGGGGAGAAAGAAGUGCUUGAUAAAGAAGUGCCCAGUAAAGAAGUUCCAAAACCCAAAGCAAAUAAGAAGAGAAUUAGGGUAGUCUCCCCAACAACUGAAGAGCUGGCAUCCUUAAAUCUCAAGGAAGGAAGGAACACCGUAACCUUCACCUUUUCAACCUCCAUGUUGGGGAAGCAGCAGGUUGAUGCUAGAAUAUACUUGUGGAGAUGGGAUGCUCGAAUUGUUAUCACAGAUGUGGAUGGGACAAUAACCAAAUCUGAUGUACUAGGUCAGUUCAUGCCAUUGGUUGGAAGAGAUUGGUCACAGACAGGGGUUGCACAUCUCUUUUCAGCUAUCAAGGAAAACGGUUAUCAAUUGCUGUUUUUAAGUGCAAGAGCGAUUUCUCAAGCUGGCCUCACCAGACAAUUUUUAUUUAAUCUUAAGCAGGAUGGAAAGGGAUUACCAGAUGGGCCUGUUGUUAUUUCCCCUGAUGGGCUUUUUCCUUCUUUGUUUAGAGAAGUUAUAAGAAGAGCUCCUCAUGAAUUCAAAAUUGCUUGCUUGGAGGAUAUAAGGGCGUGCUUUCCAUCUGACAGAAAACCAUUCUAUGCUGGCUUUGGAAAUAGAGACACAGAUGAGUUUAGCUACCUCAAAGUGGGAAUUCCCAUAGGAAAAAUCUUCAUAAUAAAUCCCAAGGGUGAGGUGGUUGUGAAUCGAUGUGAUAACAAAUCAUAUACUUCCCUACAUGAUCUCGUAAAUGGCAUGUUUCCUCCCAGGCUCUCGUCUGAACAGGAAGAUUUUAAUUCUUGGAACUACUGGAAAUUGCCCCCGCCUCUUAUUGAUUUGUGACGGUGUCUACAUAUUGUUCAUAAACUUUUCAAACAGAAGGAAGGAUACUUACUGCCAGCCCUCCAAGAGAAAGGUCAUAUUGGUUUUCCAGCUGUUAAAACUUUAAAAAAAACUCUUCAAACAAAUUAUGUGCUCUCUCUUAAAUGGCAUCAAUAUCUCUCGAUGCGGAGCUAUUUGGAUUGAGCCAUAUCUGGAAAUAUAGAAGGAACUAUAGGCUAUAUUCCGAUCUUUGUCUUUUCAUAGGACACAGUCGUGGACAAAAGGACUCGGACAAUGUGACUUCUUACUCCAGCAUAUGAGUGAGCUAUUUAAUGAUUGUGCUAUAGCUGUCGUGUCGCUGCCUAGUAGUGAUAAGCAAGUGAAAGCUUAAGAAUUUAGUAGCACGACAGUUGUCUUCAUAUUUAUAUCAGGCUUAAUUAACCGUUUGAUAGUAUUCUUGUCGUGAGGUCACUAAACCCGUUCGUGUCUCGCCACUUUUUGGUAUAAAUGCUUGGUUGUGCUAAAAAUUCGGGUUAAUCUGUCAUCAUGAGGACUUCACCACAAGGCUAGCGGAAUCCAAUAUAUAUUUGCCAAGUUUCCUGGUGAAACAUGACCUUGUUAGACGUCGAUGUGUUGAGCUUCGGAGGAAGCUUAUAUUGAAUUUUUGUAGUUAAAUUGGUUUAUAAGUACAUUGUAUAGUUUUGCUGAACGGUUCAGUCUUGUACCUUAGAAUAUCUGUAUAAAACUGUUGUAGAAGCCAACUUCUCCUUGUGUUUAAUUUACUGGUAACACAUGUUUCGAUCUCUUAUCGAAACUUUGAUCC